UUUUCAGCAGCGUCGUCGCGGGUUUUCUGCGCCCGAUGUCCGAUCUGCCAUUACCCUGAGAUUGCAUAUGCCAUUGGCCACUCGGAUGGUAUUCUGUCUCUGCAACAAGGGCUUGUCCCUGCACUUGCAUACCAAAUGGUAAUGAAUGGUAUAAGGCUAGGCACAUUUCACAUGCUUGAAGACUCUGGUGUUAUGAGAACAAAGAAUGCUGUUGAUCCAGUGAAGUAUGUAUGUGGAGGAGCUCUUGCUGGUGCUUUGGGAACGUAUGCUGCAAGUCCACUUUACAUGGUGAAAGUGCACGUCCAAACACAGAGCCAGACGAUCGGGGUGGGACACCAGCACCAGCAUGCGGGUCUGGUGUCGGCACUGCGCGGCGUGCACGCGCGUCACGGUCUGCGUGGCCUGUGGCGCGGCAGCCUCUCCUCGCUGCCGCGCGUCAUGAUCGGCUCGGCAGCGCAGCUCACCACCUUCUCCGCCUCGCUCGAGUACAUCGAGCGCGCCCAGGUGCUGCCGGCGGGCAGCCUCCUCGCCAGCCUGGCCGCCAGUAUGUUGUGUGGCGGCGCCGUCGUCAUCCUGAUGACGCCGUUCGACGUCAUCGCAACCCGGCUGUACAAUCAAGGCGUGGACGCGUCGGGCCGCGGCCUGCAGUAUCGCGGCUACGGCGACUGCGUGCUCAAGAUCCUACGCUCGGAGGGACCGCGCGGCUUCUACAAGGGCGUGACGGCCAACUGGCUGCGGGUCGGGCCGCACUCCGUGCUCAACAUGUGCUUCUGGACCCACUUGAAGACUCUGUACCGGCGGUACGAGCGGGCGCCGACCGCAGACGGAGUCUGAGCAGUCUGUCGAGCCCGCAGUCACGGCCGGGCGCCGCGCGCGCUUAACCCCACUUCGGGAUUAUACUUCGGUAGCGGACCAGGGACACGGACCUGUAGGGUGUAGUGUAUUUUUAGCCCUAUUUUGGUGUGCUUUCGGCAGGGUAACGAAUGCAUUUACAUUUAUGUGGAUUUCUUUUGUCCUCCCACUUAAGAAAUUUACUUGCGAAUGAAGCAUGUCAGGCAAUGUGUGAUGAGUGUCGCAGAAGGCAAGGGUUGCCGCGUCCGCCGUCUUCUGGUGGCAGCGAGUUCGGUGCCGGCGAUGGCUCGGUUGGCAGAUGUGCGCUCACUGCAGGCAGCUAUACGUGUGCGUUGUGUGGUAUGAGGCGGUUUGCAUAUCAUGCUCGGAUGGUUGGGCCCGGAUCUGCCGAGCUAGCUACACUUGUGAUGGCUCGUGCAAAUAUCUGCCGCCUCAGUUUCAUGCUAGUGAUAUUGGCUUUGCCGUUAUGCCACCUCCGGGACAUCCAUCGUCGUUGUCGCCAUAGGAACAUAUUUGGGAAUGCGUAUCGAAACCCUAGAUGCCGCGGACGUAACUAACCGCGGAUAAACGUAGAUAUGCCUACGCAGAUGGCUAAACGUUCAUAUUACUCGGCGAUUACGAGGAAAUGUGAAGUGACCACGAAGUGAGUCACCAUGGCUUCGUCAGUAGUAAUUCUGCAUCGAGGCUUAACCCCGCCGCGAUCGACGCAAGCACGCAGCUUUUGUCGCGGAUCAAUAGCCGAACCUUGAAGGGAAUUGAUCGGGUUCCGCGUGACGCACGCACCUGCGGGCAGCUGGAAGAACAACUGAGUGACGUCCGUGUUCCCGCAGUAAACCGCGCAUGGAUGUGGGUCCGUCGGUCGAUACUGGACCCGAAACGCGACUAAUGGGGCGAGCGUCGUCCUGUCGUAGUCGUGCUGCACGCUGCUGCACAUGGUGCAAAGGAAUCCAGGACGAGGGUCUCGUUUACUCCAACGUCGGGAACUGAUUUAUGUGCAAUA